AUGAAGAUUCGGUCUUUCCAUCAUCUGUUUUCCCGCGCGUGCAGUACCAUUGCAGCGUAACCAUGGACGAAAGACGGAUUCAUGUAUGAGACGACAUCAUUUAGAGGUGCUGUUUUUGAACAGGGAAACCCUUUAAAUCCAAAAUUGCUUUUGUGUCAUUUUGGCUCCUCAAGAAGAUUUGGUGGGAUUCUGAUCUCUAAUCCUCAGUCUCAGGAAUGCGAUGGAUGGCAACAACACAUGUUCAGAUCAAGUUAUUGCUGAAAUGGUGAAAUGGGUUUCGAGCAUUCCAAUGUUGUGGAAGCCAUGAGAACUGUGGGUCCAUCGAUUCCCUAUGCUGUGGAGCAUAUCCUCAAGAGCAGUUCUACUACUACUAAUACUAACCGUGGAGCAUCCACUACCCACACCGCUCGCAGAAAGCAACCUAUGCGUGCGUGCCGUCUUGGUGGACAGUCUAGGAUAGUCGACCAUUUCAAAUUCAACGAUGUGAAAGACAACAAGGACAUGCUUGAAGCACAGGAUUUGGAUAUUGCUUCUGAUUGGGAGCAGAGGGUUAGCUAUCUGUUGCAAAAGCAUUUUGGGUUUUCAUCUUUGAAGAGUUUCCAGAAGGAAGCACUUGCUGCUUGGGUUGCUCAUAAAGACUCUGUUGUUCUUGCUGCAACAGGAGCUGGGAAAUCUCUGUGCUUUCAGAUUCCUGCGUUGUUGUCUGGGAGAGUUGUAGUUGUGAUUUCGCCCUUGAUAAGCCUGAUGAAUGAUCAGUGCUUAAAGUUAAAAGAACAUGGAAUCAGUGCUUGCUUUCUUGGCUCUGGUCAACCUGAUGAGACUGUUGAACUGAAAGCAAUGAAAGGCAUGUAUAGUAUUGUAUAUGUUUGCCCAGAGACUAUUGAAAGAUUGAUUGAACCGUUGCAGGAACUUGCAGAAAGUGGUCGUAUUUGUUUAUUUGCAAUUGAUGAGGUGCAUUGUGUUUCUAAAUGGGGUCAUGAUUUCCGUCCAGCCUACAGCCGACUGGCUGUGCUUAGGGAAAACUUCAAUACUAGCAAGCUAAAAUCCCUGAAAUUCAAUAUACCUCUGAUGGCGUUGACAGCUACAGCUACAAAAAGAGUUCAAGAAGACAUUUUAAAAUCACUAUGCAUGUCAAAAGAAACAAUUGUUGUUCUCACAUCAUUAUUUCGACCUAAUUUACGCUUCAUGGUAAAGCAUAGUCGAACGUCACUGGCUUCUUAUGCAAAAGAUUUUCAUGAAUUGAUUGAAGUAUAUGGUGGAAAGCAUAAUAUUGAUGGAAAUGAAAAAGAUUUCUUCUCAGAUGAUUCUUCCAAUAGCUCCGAUGCUUGUAGUACCUCAGAUGAAGACAUUAUUUCUUCUUAUGAGGUGGAUGAUGGCCAAGAUGAAUAUGCUUAUAGAGACAUUAAUGCAAAUUAUGCAAUGCACUCAGGAAACACAGUUACCCAAGAGCCUUUGGAACAAGGACCAGCAAUCAUCUAUGUACCCACCAGAAAAGAAACACUAAGAAUUGCAGAGUAUCUAUGCAAGUUUGGUGUCAAGGCUGCUGCUUAUAAUGCAGGGCUCCCCAAAUUGGAUCUAAGAAGGGUUCAUCAAGAGUUUCAUGAAAAUACUUUACAGGUUGUUGUUGCAACUGUAGCUUUUGGAAUGGGGAUUGACAAAUCAAAUGUCAGAAGAAUCAUCCACUAUGGUUGGCCACAGAGUUUAGAAGCCUACUACCAAGGAGCUGGACGGGCUGGUCGAGAUGGGAAAUUAGCAGAUUGCAUUCUUCAUGCAAACCUAGCAAGCAUACCAUCACUUUUGCCAAGUAAGCAACGGUUAACUGAAGAUCGGAUAAAAAUAGCAUAUAUCCUGUUGUCUGAUUGUUUCAGAUAUGGAAUGAAAACUUCUUGCUGCCGGGCAAAGACACUUGUUGAAUACUUCGGAGAGGAUUUCAGUCAUGACAAAUGUCUCUUAUGUGAUGUAUGCAUUGGUGGUCCACCUCAAAGGCAGAAUCUAAAAGAGGAGGCCUGUAUUUUACUGCAAACUAUAGCUGCCCAAAAUGCAUGUAGCUACUCCAUGGAUUGCUCAUACGAUGGUGAUAUACAUUCUGAUUCCAGAUAUAGAAGACUAAGACAAAGGCCAGGUCUUAAGAAGCUAGUUGCAAAAAUAAGGCAGCAGUUUCAAAAGUUUUUAACCACUAGUAUAUUAUGGUGGAGAGGUCUUGCUCGAAUUUUGGAAGUUGAAGGAUACAUCAGGGAAGGAGAUGAUAAGAUCUAUGUUCAGAUAAAAUAUCCAGAGCUAACAGAAUUGGGAUUGGAAUUAGUCGAGUCCAAGAAUGAGCAAGCUUUCUAUGUUUACCCUGAGGCAGAUAUGUUGCUUGAAAAGAUAACUGACAAAUCAUUUUCCUCAUUCUCAGAAUGGGGAAAAGGCUGGGCUAAUCCUGAGAUCCGCCGUCAACGCCUGAAAAAAAUGCGAGUCAAUAGACAGCCAAAGAUUCUGCAUCCCACCAAAAGGCAGCGAAAGAGAAAAGCUAAUAGAGUGAAACCUGAGGCGAAGACUUCUCGAGGUAGACUAGCAGCAAGACUAUCAAAACUCUCAAAAUCCAAGUAAUUUUUUUCAGUUAUUAAAAGAUGAUUUACUCAUUGGCACCUGCAAGUGAAUUUGCCCAUGAUCAUCUCAAUUUUGUUUACUUGUAAAGUGAUGAUCAAAUAUCAAUGUUUAUUUUUUCUUUUUGUGUU